AUGGUGCUUCAUCAGCGUGCUCCUCCUUGUGCGCAUCCACUCAUGAUGAUGUACCCAAUGCUUCCAUUCAUGAUGAUGUCAGGGUUUCAAUGUGUCCACAAGGUCAAGAAGACCAAUGUGAAGAGGCAGCAGCGUGCUUGUGCCAAUCAUCACUCUCAGGAUGUUGUUGCCAUCGAGGCGGAGCCAACUCAUACGGCGUAUGGUGAGCCUUUGUUCAAUCAUGACGAUGAUCAUGGUGAUGUUGCAGGUGGUGAAUUGGGGCCUGACCACUGUGAAGGGGAGCACUUAGAUGAUGGGAUUGCAGCCCAGUUCUUUGAAGCGUGCCACCACAAGCUGCAAGACUUUAUGGCAUGGUCAUCCCUACCUUCACUGCGGUCUUUGACAGCUUCUGAGAUGGACGAAGUCGUCUACUACGAGCACCUGAUCAAUCAGUUCCUGUUUUUGGGCUCGCAGCUCAACCAUGGACAUGCAGCUGCUAUUUGGCCAACCAUUCUGGCAUUGUGCUAUCCGGCUUUGGCUGGCUUGAACCUGUGUGACAUCUUGCUCCGGGUGGUGAUGCGGGGAUUGAGGAACCAAAGGGGUGAUCAAACCUUUGACUACAUGGAAAUAUUCGCUGGCCGGGCCAACCUCACAUUGGAGAUGAUCUGUGCUGGUUUCAAAGGAAGUGGCUACGACAUAGUUUUUGAUCGUGCUCACAAUGCCUUGGCGUCACAUGGGUUGAGGCUCAUCCUUGACAACCUGGGGUGUUUGAAGAGGAAAGGCCUUUGCUGGCUGGCAUCCUUCGUCGUAUUAUGUCGGCAUCAGAGCCGGAGGCAAGCAUCGAAUGGAUGGCUGGGCGAUAUCAACAGAAUGUUUGUCCGCACCGGAAACCAUUUGAUGGAAGUGUCCUCCAUCAUUUUUCUGGUCGCUUACCUGCUGGGCCUAUGGCCCGUUCUCGAGCAGCCAACGUCUUCAGUGAUGCCAGACUGUUGGACCUUCCAGACAGUCCUCAGGCUCACAGCCUCCAAAAAGUUUGUCACUUACAUGGGCAGUCUUGGCGGGCCAAGCCAAAAACCCCUUCAACUGCUGAGUCCGUGGGACAGAAUAGCCUUGUUGCAGCGUGAGAAGGCACGAUGGCCAGUUCACAGGUCAUAA